AUGGGUGUUGCUUCCGGAGUAGGUAGCCCCAGACUCUCAACUCUCCAGAACUUCAGUCAGCCAACAUUACAAGAUGAUCUACUGCACGCCAUCAUGGCCUUCUUGCAACUGACUGUGCCAAUGAAGGUAAUGACAAUGACCUUUUUAAUAUCAUUCAUGUUUUUCUUGUCCGUUAAGACAGGAUUUAGCAUGAAGCAGACUGGAGUCUGUAGGCCUUUUUGUACAGGGAGUGACUGCAUAACUGUAAACCAGGACAGAGUUGAUUUUCAUACAGCUGAGGAGGCGUGCCGGGACAGCAACGGGGAAUUAAUGACCUUUCAGUCUGAGACAGAUGAGAACACCUUUGACAUUUUGAGUCGAGAACUUUCUGGAAACUUCUGGAUUGGACUGUGUUUGCCAGCUGCUGCCUGCAGCAACCUUUCAGCUCCACAGAGAGGCUAUGAGUGGACCUCCGUUACAGUGCACAGGAGCUAUACUCCAUCCUCCAGCAUCUGGAAAGACAACGUUAAAGUCUGUUCUCCACGCUGUGUGUCAAUUGCAAGUGAUAAAAAGUGGACAGAGAGGCUGUGCUCAGACAAAACAGAUGGCUUUCUAUGCAAAACAAAGCACAAAGAUGCAUGCCAGACACAAAAGUUAUCUGUUCCAAAUGUUGUCAAAAGCUCUGCAGGCUGCUCAGUGGCUCCUUGUCAGCAUACAUGCACGGAUGUAAAAGGAGGUUAUAUUUGUUCCUGUCGCAAAGGAUUUAUCCUCGACAGCAAGAAACCCGGGUGGUGUAAACUGCACUGUGCACAACAGAAAUGCCCCGUGAUAUGUGAGAGAAACACAGACGACGGAUGCUACUGUCCUGAAGGCUUUGUAAUGAGUGAUGCGUUCUGUGAGGACAUUAAUGAAUGUUCGAGCGAUGCAUGCGAUCACGAGUGUGAAAACACUUUGGGUAGUUUUGUGUGCUCCUGUCGAAAAGGAUAUGCACUGAAAAAUCAAGUGAAUUGUAUCAAAGCGGAGGACAGUCAAGGUUUUGUUCCCACAACUCCUGUGGUCACAGGUCUUGUUAAACCAGCCACCAAUAAUGACACACUGAAGGGUUCUUCUUUGCCUGCUGAUGGUUUUCUCUGGAUUUGGAUUCUCCUUGUUGUGGCUGUGGUGGUGAUUAUAGUUGGGAUAAGGUUUUAUGUUGUUAAGCGUCAGAAACGCAGAGAACAAAACUCCACCCAGCAGUGUGCUGCUCCUGUGGAGAAUAUCGAGUGUUAAAUCCUGAUGUUAGAUCAACUCCCUGCCUGCUUUAGCAUUUAAACCUUGUGAGACUCCAUCACAUCUAUGAGACAGCUGCAGUAGGUAACUUCUCAGAAUAAACUCUUUCAGGGUAUUGAUUUCUAGGUAAGACAUUAAAAAAUAUGAAUGAUAUGAUUAAAUAUGAAGACAGUUCCCUAUUUGCACGAUUUAAAAAUGCAUUGCAGGAAAAAUACCUUAUUAAUAAAAUAAGUAGUUUCAAAUUUUAUUCUGGAUGGUUGCACUUAAUACUAUUAGUAUAUCAUUAUAUUAGUAUAUCAUUAUACAUAAUAAUGAUAAUGGUAAACAGAUAAUUAAACUUUAAAAAUGUAUUUUACUGUUAAAAAAAGAUAGUUUACAACUUUUUCUAGUUAAAAGUGAUGCUUUAGGAGUUAGUAAUAUAAUAAUAAUAAUACAUUCGUUUUGUAUAGCACUUUUCCCAACAGAGACGCUUUACACAGAAAAGGUAAAUAAAAAAUAAGAAGAAAUAAAUAAGAAAAUAAUUGCAGUUAUAACAUUUUAUAUACUUUAUUAAGUAUUUGUAAGUGAUGAACAAAAGUUUUGUAAGCCUUACAGAAAUAACUUGUGAACCAUCUGUUUAUAUUAUAAUGUUGUAAUUAUUAGUUCAUUAUUAAAAAGUGUUUUUUAAAUCAUCAAAUCACAUUAUUUGGCCCCAUUAAAUAUUUUAUUGGUGAUCUAUGAAAAAGUGGUUAUUUGUGCACAAAUAAUAACCAUCUAGUUAAUUUAUAGAUGCAUGUCAUAACUAUUUAACAAUUAUAAAAAUCAGUUGCAACUUUAUAAUAGCCUCCAACUUAUAGUAAUCAUUAACAAAUUCUUAAUAGUGUUUAUAAAAUGUUAUUUUGUGUGUCACAAUAAACUUGUAGCAAUACUAAUAAUUAGUAAACAUUAUUAAUUGUCAUUUGUAUUGUUUCUUAAACCCUUAAAGCUUAAUUAUCAAACUUUACUUAAUGUCUAUUUUACUGUUAAGUUUACUAAUUUAAGUUUAGCAGUUUACCAGUUAUUGAUGAUGUUUUUAUGGUGUGUUAUCUGUCAUUUAAGUUAUUAAGAAAACUGUGUUGAGCAAAGAAAUGGAAAUCCUCAGGGAACGUCUCAAAUAUACUGUGUUCUUCACUCUACUCUUUUUUUCUGUACAGAGGAAAUAUUAAUGUGUGUAUAUGUAUUUGAGUGUUUGCAAAAUAGUUUUUAGGAACACUAGAGGGAGAUCUCUUGUGUCAUUUUGUGUUCAUUUAUGUAUCAUAACAUGAUAUUAUAUUCUGAAUUAAUCCAUAAUAAAUCAUUGCUGCCAUUAUUCUUGUUCUUGAGUGCCAUCUAUUGUUCUUUUGUACAAAUUACUAAAAGCCUUCGACACAACAUUGUCAUUUCCAGCUGUUGCUUUAAAGUUUAUAUAAACGGUUUGAUUUAUAUAAAGGCCUAUUGCAUAAUUUCUGUAUUGUUAAAUGUUGUCACCUGUUUUUAAUUUAUAAUUUCCUUUUCAUCAGGAUUAUUUCCAUUUUUUAAGUGUAAAAAGUCAGACAUUGAUAGAAAAAUGCUAUUCUAUAAAGCAGAAACAGAAGGUAUUAAGAAAAAUGUGGGUUGAGCAACAAAAAUGGAAAUCCUCAGGGAACGUCUCCAUAAAAUGUAAAAAUUAAUAUACUGUGUUCUUAACACUGAUUUAUUUUCCGUACAGAGAAAAUAAUAAUACUUCUCCAUAUGCUUUUGAGUGUUUGCAAAAAUAUGAGUUCUGAUAACAAUAGAGGGAGAAUUCUUGUGUCAUUUUGUGUUCAUUUAUGUAUCAUAACAUGAUAUUAUAUUCUGAAUUAAUCCAUAAUAAAUCA